AUGCCCUACCAGGACGGAUUAACAAUCAGACAAGAGGAUAAGACAUCUCUUGGCCAGGGUGUACAUCACGACGCCGUCACCAUGUCCGGAAAAGAUGAAGUCAAGCCAUCCGAAGAGCUUGACCACCCGAACACACAACCGGACUGGGCCAACGAGUCUCCCAAGGUUGAGAUCAAGGUCUUCAACAAUUUGGAAUCGUUCACAGAUCCAGAAACAAAGGUCGUGACUACAUAUGACUGCAGCCAAUGGUACGAAUAUAAUGGCUACCAAGGCUGGACCCGGUCCAGAUUCCGAUUCUGCUUCCCGACAGACACCAAUCGGUUCACGGUGACCGUCUUCCGCGACACGGCUCAGUACUAUUGGGGAACGGCUUGGUACAACGAGGAUGAUGCCUAUCCUGCCUCAGUGAAUUUUGAGCCGCGGCUUAAGGAUGCCCACCUCGACCCGCCUCAGUGGACAGAGUACGGCACGUACGGCAAUACCGACAAAGAAUUCAGCUUUGGCCCCGUAGGCGGCAAGCUCAAGCCUGGAAAGUAUGAAGCCGAAGUCCUCUUUUCUCAGACCGGCCCGUACUGGAAUGGUGACCAGACCGACGACCCGCACUGGGAGGUUGACGAGACCGGCCCGUCGUACUGGGUUGGUGAGACGGUGCCCCAAGUUGUCAAGUUCAACAUUACCGUGUCGAUCGUAGGCUAA